AUGUCUCCCCCCAAAAUUAAUACGUAUCAUUGCGCUUACUGUACGAAUCUUCUGCUGGCAACAACGCAUACAAUUUCGACGCUUCCGAAGAGGAAAGGGACGGGAGAUGGGAGUUUUAUUUUGCCGGUUUCGGGGGUGGUGUCUAGGUUUGGAGGGGAGAGGGAGAGAAAUGGGGAUGGAAAUGCGAUGGAUGUUACUCGAGAUGGGAUAUCUGCGGAGGAUGGAGAGGGGAGGGAAGGAGAGAGGGACGAUGGAGAGGACGUGAAGGAUGAUGAUGAGCAGGAUUCGUUACCAAGUUAUGGGUAUACCAAUCUUCUUGCACUUACGAAACCUAGUAAGCAGGUGAUUGUACGGAAGGAAGAUGGGUUUGAGAAGAGAGGAGUGUGGAAAUGUGGACGGUGUGCGGUGGCGGUUGGGUAUGAAGUUUGGGCGGAGGGGACUGGGGGUGCCAAGAGGAAGGAAGUUGAAGGGGAGGGGGAAGGGGAGGGGGAGUUCGAAGGAAAGAUUUUGUAUUUGUUGAGGGGUCGUUGA